AUGGUGUAUUCAGCAAAACCAAAGAUACUGAACCCCACGGAAUUAAUUUUGUUAGAGGAAUCGUCGAAAACCGAAACUUUCCGAAAAUUGGAGCAACAGAGGAAAAUGAAAGCAAAACCUUAUAUGAUGUAUAAACCAUACCAGUUUUACCAUCAUUAUCAUUAUGGCUCAUUGAUUACGAUUCUCAGUAAUGGAGAAAUGUGUUUUUAUUAUGCAAUCACUAUAUCGCUUUUCUUGUUGGCUAGUUAUUAUGUCAUUUGGGUAUUGCCAAUUGCUGUACUAAGAUCUAGCGAAAAAAUAUACUACUAUUUAACUGGUCACAGAAUGAGUUUCAAUGUAUUGGGAUUAAUUAAUUCAGUAUUUGCAAAGAGUAAUAGAGGUAAUGGCACAAACCCGAUUUUGCUUUCAAUCUCGGAAAUACCGAAACGGAUAAACUGA